AUGGCGAGAAUUUGUCUGAACGUGCUAGUUGGUAUUCCAGCAUCUGGGAAAACUACUUAUUGCCAACAAAUAGAAUCGACGCUGAAUCGUACAUUCAACGUGGUACACGUGUGCUAUGAUACAUACAUCGAAAUAGACAGCAAGUUUGAUAUGUUCUGCUCUAAUCCAGGAUCGUACAAGAGCUCUCGACAAAUGCUAGUUCCCAGCGUUGAAGCGAUCAUUUCUACUAUCAUGGAAGGAAAAGUGGGGAAAACAUUGGACAGCCUGUUAGGUAGUUGGCAACAUACUUUUGGAAAACCACUAGAGAUAUCUUCAUCCGCUGUUCCGUCCGAGGACUACCUGUUUCUAAUCGAUGAUAACAACUACUACCGAAGCAUGCGGUGGGAUUGGGCCAGGCUGGCAAAGAAACUUUCCCUUGGAUUUUUAGAAACAUAUUUCGACACCCUGCUACCAGUAGCGCUGGAGAGGAACGUAGCUCGGGAGCAUCCGGUGUCGGAAGACGUCUUAACUCGCAUGUGGACACGGUUGGAAAAACCUUGUGGAAAACUAUUCCGUUGGGAGCAAAAUACAAUUAUCAUCCAGGAACAAUUGGACAUGGGUAUCAUAUUAUCAAGCAUUAGCAACCGUUUAGAAAACCCAGAGAAAGCCGCAGACCCGUCACCAACGAAUGCAUUUCCGAUGGAGCAAUCAAAAGUGCAUAAACUGGAUAUUCUUUUGCGGAAAGCAAUAUCGAAGAACACUGCUUUGAUCAAAGAUUCGAUGGCCAAACAUCAACUUAGAAGCUACGUAGAACUGUUGCAAGAGAGGAAGAACUCCAUAUUGCACGAAUUUAGGCAUGCUGAACAACACGUCCCAGAUGAGAUGUUUGAUAAUUUAGUAGAGGAAUUAUUUUAGUAAUAUGAUUAUAAUUCACUCUAGUUUCGUUCAAUAAACAAUUAAAGCAUAUU